GAUAAUAUCCCCUCAGCUCCCCCUGAGAUCCGUAGAGGGCAGGUCAGCUCUGUGUCCUCCAUAGCUUUCUGCAGGAUAUCAUGACAAGGGCAACAUAUGCUACAAUACCAGUCGACGACUGCGGUCCUUGAGGAGCGAGCAUAAGGCGCCCAAGCAUACCACUUCCCCUCAACCCGUACAAACCAUGGCUGCUAUGGAAGGGACUUCUUCUCCAAGUCUAGAGUCACUGCUUUCGCUGUGGCCGAUUGCCUCGACGUUAAGCCAAUAUCUCCCGGUAGGCGAUCUCAUUACUCUGGCUCGACUGAACGUUGCACUGCGAGCUGUGCUUCAUGCGUUCGAAAUACCGGAGAUCACCUCGAUGCCUAAGGACUCUUGUUUCGUCAGGACGGAACUGAACAUCGGUCGUCACGCAACACCCUACUGGCAGAGUCUCAAAGGGCGGUCUCCUUUCGAAUGCUCAUCCCAGAUCCACACGAAAGGCCCCGAACCAAAGCCUUGUCGAUACUGCUCGAGACCCAUUUGCGACGCUUGCAUUGUCCGUUCCUCUUUCGCCCGAGGGCAUGAGAAUACCUUCCAAAACAGAGUUCGACAUCUAUGCAAGGAUUGCUGGCGCUCGGGCAAUCCGAGCAGAACGCAACGCUUCCCCCUUGAUGGCCCGUCAGAAUCGACGGCGAAAAGGAAAUGGUAUGAUCCCGAAGACAGUACCAGAGAUUACUGUAUUUGUACACUCAAGGACGAUGGAUGGCUCUGUAUUGAGUGCAAAGACUCGCAAAACUGGGAGGCCAUAUCCUCCGCCGACACAGAGUGCCACGGUCAAGAUUGUAAAGCACUUCUUGACGCAGAUGAUAAAGACCGAAGGAGAAUCUGCCUCUGGUGCAACAAAGGCUUACCCAGACAAAUCGGGGGUACAACUCGAUACUACUGGAACCAGAAAAUGAUCGAAGCGAGGGCUCGAAAUGCUGCAUCACGUCAGGCAGACUUGGAGGAGUAUAACCGGAGACGAUUAAAACUGAUGAGAAUGUCACGCAGGGAGAUGCGGGGCGACGAGGCCGUCAAGGACGAUCCAGACGCUGACCUCCCACAAUUCGUCAGGCAUCUCGAUACCGUCAACUAUCGGAGCUACAUGUCUGAAUCAGCGGCGCCGAGCGGCGACGCCGUCUACGGCUCCAAGAGAGGCUACUGGAGGUACACCAGGGAGUUUCUUUUAGAGAUGAGAGGCCGCUGUGGACAAGUGCCUGUACCCAGGCAACUGAACGCCCCUGACAUUACCGAAGACGGAGGCCUGCGCUUCGCUCGGACCAAUGCAGAAAUGACGGAAGACUUCUCGUCGCUUGCACGGGCGGUGCCUCGCAUGCCAGGGGACCGCCUAAGACAAUGGUGUACAUUUAAAGUUCUUGUCCUUGAGCAUCUCCUCGUGGAAAAACUCAGCUACCAAACCACUCAGCAGACCAUGCGUGACGAGUACGGGUUUGACGCCAGCGUGGAGGAAUAUCACACCGUGAUGCGUGUCUGGAAUACUCAGGACGCAAUCAAGGAGCACCGCCGGAAAUCGCUCGAUCGAGAAGGCGAGGAAGCCAUGAAAAGCAAAGGCCGCUCCCUCGCCAAGCAUGUCCGCGAGAUCAUGGACAGGGACACGGUCCUCCUCGCGGAAGAUGGUGGUGACUUGAGGCCCCAGAGUUCGCCGGAGUCAUCAGAGGCAGACCCGGGCGAUUAUGAGCUGACAAGCUGGCGACGAGGAAGCGGCACCAGCGCCGACCAGGGACAACAACCCUCUAACUCGGAUGGUGAAGCCGAGUCCGCUCUGAAGAGGAAGAUGAGGCAAGACAGAGAAUCGUCGCGCGCUCAAGCGUAUGCCCAGGUGUCAUCGUCCCCCGCUCGAUCACGUUCAAAAUUGGUCUCUCAGCCAUCAAAUGAGGUCGACGAUCAAAGCAACGACGACACGCCUGUCACUUCUGCACCGACGCCCACCACGCAAGUGGCACAUGCCGAAGGAGUGCUCGUGGACCCGUCAUUCGACGGCGAGGUUAGCUCCCCGCCACACCGCGAGGAGGACGAUGAGGACGAACCGCCGCCAUAUACAGCCAAUGGGUGGGUAUGGCCCUAGGAAGGAGCAAGCCCAGGAUCCAAGACUGGAAAACAGCGUGGCUGCAAGUAAAGGACAAUAGAAGUGCUGCACUCUGGAGGCCUGGUUUCGCGCAUGUGGAGAUGUGGACUAUAGAACCCUGUUUGAGCUCGCUUUAUGACGACCUGAUGCGCCAUCUUCAGCAACUGAUUACACUGCGUAGACAUGAAUGGAAUGAAUUUAUG